AGAGACUUCACGUGAGGGGGGCGUGUCCGCGUCCGCUCGGGUCAAACAGCCGAAGCUUCCGCUCUCUGGCGUCACUCACAUGUAGCCCAACAUGGCCCCUGGCAGCCGGGCUGUUGUGGUGGCGGCGCUCUCCCUCCUCUACCUGAGCCGGGCGAUCUUCUCCUCCGAGUAUUUCUCCACUCUCACUUUGUUCGACAACGAGCUCCACAAGCAGGGAUGCAGCUCUCUGUCCGAGUGGGAAGAAUACGCGGCAGACUGCGAGUCUUCGAUUUUACAGUUGGAAGACCCAGACUGCGAGGAGGGAAGCAACCCGCCCUGCGAGUCAGUCUUCUCACUUAAUGCAGAGAAGAUCCUGAACCAGGCCAAGUUGUUUAUAGAACAGAAAAAAAUCCCCUUCCCAGUAGAUAACCUCAACACAAACGAAGAACUCGCUAUAGGCUACGUUCUGAUAGGCAACGGUCUUUAUGAUGAAGCCAUCAAACACUUCUCACUCUUAUUACAGGGUGACCCAGAGCUGGUCAGUGCCAUCUAUGGGAGAGGGAUAGCUUACGGGAAGAAAAGUCUACAGGACAUAAAGAAUGCUGACUUGGCGUUGUACGAGCUCAACCGAGUCAUCACUCUGGAGCCUAACUGGCCAGAGGUCUACGAACAGAGAGCAGAGAUCCUGUCUCCUCUGGGUCGUAUCAGUGAGGCUCUGGCCGAUCUGACCAAAGCCAUCCAGCUUCAGCCCUCAGCCCGUCUCUACAGACACAGAGGAACACUGCUCUUCAUCUCAGAGGACUAUGUGGCGGCGAUGGAAGACUUCCAGCAGUCUUUAGAGCUGAAGAAGAAUCAGCCCAUCGCCAUGCUGUAUAAAGGCCUCACCUUCUUCCACAGAGGCAUGCUCAAGGAAGCCAUUGAGACAUUCAAAGAGGCUCUGAAGUUGAAGUCUGACUUCAUAGAUGCCUAUAAAAGCCUUGGACAGGCCUACAGAGAGUUGGGUGAUUUUGAGUCAGCAAUGGAGAGCUUCCAGAAAGCCCUCAUGUUGAAUCAGAACCACAUUCAGUCUCUCCAGCUCCGAGGCAUGAUGCUGUACCACCACGGCUCGCUGCAGGAGGCCAUAGGCAACUUCAAGAGGUGUCUCCAGUUGGAGCCCUACAACGAGGUGUGCCAGUACAUGAAGGGGUUAAGUCACGUGGCGAUGGGGCAGUUCUACGAGGGCAUCAAAGCUCAGACUAAAGUCAUGUUGAACGACCCUCUGCUGGGACAGAAGGCCAGCUCAGAAUACCUCAAAGUGAAAUACCUCAGAGAGUACUCUCGCUACCUGCACUCCCACCUUGACAUCCCAGUAGCAGAGUACAACGUGGACCAGGAUUUACCCGGGAACUUUAAGAAUCACUGGGCCAAGAACCUGCCUUUUCUAAUAGAGGACUAUGAAGAACAGCCCGGCCUGCAGCCACAUAUCAAGGACGUGCUGCCGCAGAACUUCGACAGCUACAGCAGUGAAGUUCAGAAGCUGAUCUGCACAGCCGACCACUUGGGGGCGUUAAUGCAAUACGACACUCCUGGUUUUUUACCUAACAGGAGAAUACACAGAGCCAUGGGUUUAGCGACCCUGGAGGUGAUGCAGGCUAUGCAUCGGACGUGGAGCAACUCCAAAGUGCGAGUCAACGGCAAGACCAGGCAAAUGCAGUGGAGAGACAUGUUCGAUAUAGCUGUCAAAUGGAGGAGGAUCGCGGAUCCAGACCAGCCAGUUCUGUGGUUGGACCAGAUGCCUGCCAGGAGUCUCAGUCGAGGCUUCAACAAUCACAUCAAUCUCAUCAGGGGACAGAUUAUCAACAUCAGAUAUCUGGCCUACUUUGACAACAUCCUCGACUUCAUCAAAGACAGAAUACUGGUGUACCACGGGGCGUACAACCCCAGAGGACUCUUAGAAGUCCGCCAGGCUCUCGAAAAUGUGAAUAAAGUAGAAGAUCUGCUUCCUAUAAUGAAGCAGUUCAACAGUAAAACCAGAGAUGGCUUCACGGUCAACUCCAAGGUGCCGAGCAUGAAGGAUCUUGGGAAAGAGUACGACGGUUUUACCAUCACCAUCACUGGAGACAGGGUUGGCAACAUGUUAUUCUCAGUAGAGACUCAGACGACAGAAGAGCGGACGCAGCAGUACCAGUCAGAGAUAGAGUCCAUCUACAAAGACCUCACCGCCAAAGGAAAGACAUUAAUGCUGUCCACUGAGCUCGGGGAUGCAGAUGCUGUGUGUAACCUGAUCCUCUCCUUGGUUUAUUACUUCUGCAACCUCAUGCCGCUCUCCAGAGGGUCCAGUGUGGUGGCCUACUCAGUCGUGAUGGGAGCACUGAUGGCCAGCGGGAAAGAGGUCAUCGGCAGGAUCCCGAAAGGAAAGCUGGUGGAUUUUGAAGCCAUGACCACACCCAGUCCAGACAGCUUCAGUAAAACAGCAAAGAACUGGAUGAAUCUCAAAAGUUUGCCAGGUUGGUACCAGAGUCUUCCAUCUGUAGCAGAGACCUUCCCGUCCACCAGAACGAUGAUAGAGGUUCUCAACACAGACUCGUCUUCACACUGUCCGAAGAAGUCCUAACACGACUUCUACGCAGGGAGAGAAGUCGGUUUAAUAAAGUCUUAAUAAUGAAGCUUCUACACUGGGCAGAACAAAGGGACUUUUCUUCUUCUUCUGCAACCCAAACAACAAAAACUGGAUUCAGUUCUCCAAAAGCAGCUUCGCUUUUUUAUGGCAGUUAAUUCAAUUUAAAGACGGGAAAUCAAAGUGUUAAUUGACGCGUUUGGGAAGCAGCUUGUGUCUCUUCUGGAGGUGAUAUUACAAAUUCAACAAAUUACUCCAGAAGAGACUUUUUCUCUAUGAAGUGGUGACAUUGUUUGGUUUGUGGAAAACUUUAAUUAAUCUUAUUCCGAUAUCAGAUCCCCCCCCGCCCCCCCUCCAGAUCCUGCUCUGUUCUCUGUCAUCCUCCCUGAAAUCCUCCCUCACACGACUCCCAACAAGAGUCAAGGAGUUCUUACUCCACUCACACUGGACGCCUUUAACUUUGUACACCGGCGUUGACACAAACAUUUAGUAAUAUUAAUAUUAAAGACGUCAGUUUAACUGGGACCCAGUUCAAGUUCAAAAUGAUGUAAUGAUAUGUAGACCUUUUUCACAGCAGCCACUUUUGACAUGAAAUAGUUGGGUUAACACCAGGGUUCCCACAUGUCCUGGAAACACCUGGAAAUUGAUUAAAAAGAGCCAAAUAUCCUGGAAAUAAUUUAUGUUGUCCUGGAACAUUUUAAUUGCAUUUUAGCCCCUCUCGUAUUUCGUUUUAAACGCGACUGUUGGCAGGAAAACUUACGACGUGGAUUCUCACGAAACCCAGUGGAAGAUUGUCUUGUUGUUGUUUAUAAAUACAUGCACAGCGAUGUUAACUGAACCAUAAAACCUUUUAUUUAAUUGGCCAAAAGGUGAGACGAUGAAUUUAUGGUAAAAUAAAUUCUACUUAAUUGUUAUUUAUAGGAAGAUACAAACUGGUCACAUUUAGUCUGUUUACUGGAGAGUACGCAGCGGAGUGUCUCACAAACGCUGACCACCUACCUGUAAUGAACUUCAUUAAACAAUAAGAAAUAAAACUGCGGUGAAGUUAAGACCUACCAGUAAACUAUAGGACCGUUUGUGAACCAGCGCCGUCCUGUAUUGUCAAUAAAACUCCUGGAACAUAUCCUGGAAAGGUCCUAAAGUAUCCUCCGUAACACCUCUGUUUACCCUCUUAUUUCACCUCCAAAUGGCUGCUGUGAAAAAGGCUUAAAGAAUCUUUAUUCAGGUGGUUCUUUUGAUUAGCCCCAAUAUUCCCAAACUACAGCUGCUUGGGGGAAGAUGACGGAGAACGUUAGAGCCACAGUUUGGGAUGCAGAAGUGAUUCUCUCUCUCUCUCUCUCUCUCUCUCUCUCUCUCUCUCUCUCUCUCUCUCUCUCUCUCUCUCUCUCUCUCUCUCUCUCUCUCUCUCUCUCUCUCUC